AUGCAGGCCCAGGCUGUUCAAGGAAUGAUGGACUUUGAUUACGUCUGCUCGAGGAAGUCGCCAUCUGUUGUUGCCAUGAUCUAUCCCUUCACAGAUGACCACAAGCAGAAGUUCUACUGGGGCCACAAGGAGGUAUUGGUCCCCUGCUUCAAGAACAUGGCCGACUGUAUGAAGAAGCACCCGGACGCAGACGUCCUCGUCAGCUUUGCCUCACUGCGUUCUGCUUACGAGAGCACAAUCCGCUCAAUUGCCAUUAUCGCUGAAGGAAUCCCUGAGAAUCUUACUCGAAAGUUACUUAAGAUGGCAAACGAGAAAGGAGUUUGCAUAAUUGGACCUGCUACAGUGGGAGGUGUUAAACCUGGUUGUUUCAAAAUCGGGAACACAGGCGGCAUGCUAGACAACAUACUUGCAUCAAAAUUGUACCGCCCAGGAAGCGUGGCUUACGUGUCGAGAUCGGGAGGAAUGUCCAACGAGUUGAACAAUAUCAUCGCCCUCAAUACGGACGGUGUUUUUGAGGGUAUUGCUAUUGGUGGAGACCGGUAUCCAGGGACGACCUUUAUGGAUCAUAUUUUCCGGUACCAGGCCGAACCGGAAGUAAAGAUGAUUGUCAUGUUAGGAGAAGUGGGUGGAGUAGAGGAGUACAAGCUGAUCAAAGCAAUGGGAGACGGACGUGUGAACAAACCUGUGGUCGCUUGGUGCAUAGGCACAUGUGCAAAAAUGUUCACCUCUGAGGUUCAAUUCGGCCAUGCAGGAGCAUGUGCAAACGCUGAUACAGAGACAGCUGAGGUGAAGAACAAGGCCCUUACAGACGCAGGCGCAUAUGUACCAAGAAGCUUUGAUGAGCUGGGUCACCUUAUCAAAGAGGUUUAUGAGAAGUUGGUGAACGAUGGCACCAUUGUUCCCAGACCAGAAGAAGCCCCACCUACUGUUCCCAUGGAUUAUGCGUGGGCAAGGGAGCUAGGCCUAGUUGGCAAGCCUGCAUUGUUUAUGACCAGUCUCUGUGAAAAACUGGAGCUAGGCCUGAUUCGCAAGCCAGCCUCGUUCAUGACAUCUAUCUGUGAUGAGAGAGGCCAAGAGCUGCUGUACGCAGGGAUACCCAUCACUGACAUAUUCAAGGAGGACAUGGGCAUCGGGGGAGUGCUCAGUCUGCUCUGGUUCCAGAGGAGACUGCCCCGCUAUGCUGCCAAGUUCAUAGAGAUGUGCCUGAUGGUGACAGCAGACCACGGGCCCGCAGUGUCCGGGGCUCACAACACCAUUGUGUGUGCCCGGGCGGGAAAAGAUCUUGGUGAGAGGUUUGGAGGAGCCCUGGACGCCGCGGCCAAGCAGUUCAGCGAGGCAGUGGACAGUGGAAUGAUCCCAAUGGAGUUUGUGAACUCAAUGAGGAAGAAGGGGAUACUUAUCAUGGGCAUCGGACAUCGCGUCAAGUCCAUCAACAAUCCAGACAUGCGUGUAGAGAUUUUGAAGGACUACGCCCGGAAGAACUUCCCAGCCACGCCCAUUCUUGACUACGCCAUCGAAGUGGAGAAGAUCACCACAUCCAAGAAACCCAACUUGAUUUUGAACGUUGAUGGAUUUAUUGGAGUGGCGUUCGUGGAUCUACUUAGAAACUGUGGCUGCUUUACAAGGUAUGCUUAA